AUGACUAUUCAGCAGUAUUACACAGUCGUAUUUGACAAGAAGAUUCUCGAGCAGCACAGAGACGCGUUACUAAAUCCAAAUCAUUUCGAGCACAUAGAAAUGCCGACCCUUACGAUCCCCAACUUCGACCGAAUAAAGAAUGCAUCGCCAAGUGACGAGGACGAACAGCAGUCGAAGCCCAAUAAGCGCUACAAGCAUUGGUCUUUUGUAGACAACCUCCAGCUACUUAUUCAGUUCAUAAUCUUGGAGUCCUUGGACUUUUCUAAGGCACAAGAGUUGUUUCAGCAGCGAGACAUACACAGUUGUCGCGUAAAGUGGACAAAUGAUCUGAUACGCUUCAAUUCUAAGGGCGUGAACUACAGCUGGAAAACCUUCAUGGUAGCUGUGGUCCUGGACUUUCACUCCCUAGCCGCUAUAAGGAACCACCCAGCUGUAAAGACGUGCUUUUCAGAAGUAAAAGAGAGGAUUCUGACUACAAUUUACUCGGUCGACUACCCUUGCUUUAUGACUUCCACGGACUACAGAAGGCAAAUCGCCAAGGCCAUUCUCUCUAUCUACAAGCAGUGUGUCUCAUUAGAGGACCUUGAAAAGUCUCCGCCAGACGAACCUAAGGGGCUACCGACCCCGUCCUUUUACUCCAAAAUGAAGACAAAUUCCUUCUCCAUACUUCAAGAGACACGAGAAAAUACAAAGGCCUAUGAACAACUUGUCCGAGAAAUCAAGCGAAAAGCGUCGAAGCUUGUUAUUGAAUGA